CUCCGUUGACCAUUGACCAUUAGCGUCGUCAUUUUUUGGUUUUGGUUUGGAGAAUCAGAUUUGGGCGAGAAAGGAAGAGGAUGAUGCCGCAACAGUGGGCGUCUCCCUGUGGAAAUCAAUGCACAAAUAAAUACGCUGCUCUUACAAAAAUCCCUUGGCGAGUGUUCUGCAAAAAAGGGUGCAACUCAGAUGGGGAUACCUGGGAGGAAUGUUUGGAAGAAUGCAAUCAAAUAUGUUACAAGGACCCUGUACUAAAGGACCAGCAAUGGAGUGCUUAUAUUGAUCGUUCCCCAGGUGCUGCCAGUUAUUCAGAGGAAUGUUUCCAUGCUUGUGUAUCUGGUUGCGGUUAUAAGUUUGAUGUUAAACAAGAUAUAGCUGAUAAAGUUUGCCCUAACAGACCAUCAAAGCCUGCCCCUGUUCAGAAGCCAAGGCCUCAACCUGUAGAACCGAUUGACAUGCCAGAGGAUAUGCCUGGCACUUCUGCAUAAUGAAAACUGAUAAACAACCUAAUCUUACAAAAAAAAAAAAAAAUACUGUACUUAACCAUUCUUUUU